CCAACCACAACUAAUCUCACCAAUCCACACCCUUUUUUCAAACAUAAUAAGUUCUCUUUUUUCUCUUUCUAGUUUUAACUCCAAAUAUCUUCCACCUUUUUCUCAUUCAUUUCUUUUCAAAAUGAACCUUGGGGAACAUAUUGCUUAUGACACAGUCAUGGCUAUUCUAUCAAUAUCUCUCAUAAUUCUUGGUAUUUUCCUCUUUUUUUCUUGCAAGAAGAAACCAGUUGAAUCAGAAGAAACACUUCCAGUGAAACAAAUUGCUCUUUUAUACCCUUUAACAGUUAUUGAUAUUGCUACAAAUGGCUUCAACCAUAGGAGAAUCAUUGGAAAAGGUCGUUUAGGAACAGUUUAUGCUGGUAAACUCGAAAAUGAAGAGCUUGUAGCUGUGAAACGCAUUCAUUCUGUUCUUGUGUUAAGCAACGCAGGUUUUGGUUUUUCAUCUGUGAUGAAAUGGCUCUCUUUAUCUCAACACCCUAACGUUGUUCCUAUAAUAGGAUUCUCAGAAGCACCAGGUGAAAGAGUUAUAUUGAUGGAGUUUGUUCGAAUGGCGAAUUUGGAAUUUUACUUGCAUGAGAAUCAAGAUGGUGGUUCUUCUUCACUUUUGGAUUGGAACAAGAGGUUUAAGAUUGCAGCUGGAGUAGCUAAAGGGCUACAAUAUCUUCAUGAAGUGGUAGCACCAAAUAUUGUACAUGGUUGUGUUAAAUCUUCUAAUGUUCUUAUUGAUGUUAAUUUUUGUGCUAAAAUAUCUGAUUAUGGACUUAGUUUUUUGGGGGGUGUAGAAAAGAGAGGGUUAGUUGGUUAUGUGGAUGAUGAAUAUUGGAAUGAAGGAAUUAGGGGUGGUAGUGUUUGUAAGGAAAAUGAUGUUUAUGGGUUAGGGGUGAUUUUGUUGGAGCUUUUAAGUGGAAGAGGGUGUGAAGGUGGAUUAUUGGUAAAAUGGGUUUUGCCUUUGAUUAAGGAUAUGAGAUUUAGUGAAGUUUUGGAUCCUAGGUUGAUUAUUCCUUCUAAUAUGAAUGCUAUUAUUAGAUUAGCAAAAGUUGCUUCUGCUUGUGUUGGUAAUCCAAGGAAAUGUAGACCUUGUGUGAACCAUGUGAUGAACAUUUUGAAUGAUUUAGAGAUGGAAGUGUGUCUCUUAUCAAAUUGAUUGAGCAAUAUGGUCUUCAAUUUUGUACAAAA